GGGGCUGAAACUCAGCUUCAGGGCCGCAGUUGACCGGUCCUACGACCCCGUCCCCCAGGAACUCACUACCAUGGAUCCACUGGAGGAGGAGAGCAGUGAGGGAGGGUCAGUUACACAAGGAGGGGUCACGACCUCGGGACAUUCCUCCAUGAGCAGCGAGCCAGAGGACCCAAGAAAAGCCAAGAAAAAACCCGCCAAGGAAAAGAAGGGACCAGGGGGGAUAUUUAAAGGCUUGUUGAGGAGGAGCAACAAAAGUAAAAAGGAAGAGGCAAAAACACAGGAAGAACCAGACAGACAGACGGGGUCAGAGGAAAGGUCAAAGUCAGCAGACUCCAGGGAAGAAAGAAUUCAGGAACAGGUGCGACAAUUACAAGACCAGCAGAGCAAUGCCGAAUUCUUGAGACUCGAACAAAGAUACUCCGACAGCCACACACCGCGGCUGUCACGGAACUCCCCCCAACUACAGGACAAAUUCUCCAGACUCACCCCAACCCACAUAGGAGACCACUCAUCACGGUUCACCAAUAACUCACCUCAUCCAACUGACCAUCCGUCACGGUUCACCAACAAUUCACCCCAUCCAACCGACCAUCCAUCACGGAUGACCGAUAACCAGUUCAUGGCUGGUCCUCCGUUGGGAAAGG